AUGGUUGUAGAUCAGAGGUGGGAAACACUCGCAGAUGUGAGGUCAAAAAAGGGCAAGGAAGCAACAGCCACAGUUCUAAGUCAGUCCUUCUGGAACAAUGUUCACCUUUGCUUGAAGGUUUUCGAGCCUUUGGUCAAGCUUCUUCGUUUGGUUGAUGGGGAUGUUAAACCAUCAAUGGGUUUCCUAUAUGGAGAACUGCUCAAGGCUAAGAGAGAUAUCAGAGAUGCCUUUGGUAAUGUGGAGAAAAACUACAAAGAUGUGAUGGCAAUUGUUGAUAAGAAGAUGAAGGGUAGACUGGACUCUCCAUUGCAUGUUGCAGCAUACAUGCUGAACCCAUACUACUCUUAUAACAAUAGCACAAUCUUUGAUGACCCAAAUGUCAUUGAAAAGUUCAUGCUUUGUGCUGAAACCUUCUAUAAUCAUGAUGAUGACAAGGCAUAUGCUGCUGUCAAUGUUGAUUUGGACAAAUUUCAGAAGAAACAUGAUUCUUUUUCAAAGAAGAUGGCUAAAAGCUAUGAGAAAUUUCGAAUUCAAUCCAGGCUCUAUGGAGGUGGAGCACCAGAUUUGCAAAGGAUGGCAAUUCGAAUUCUUUCACUGACUUCAAGUUCUAGUGGCUGUGAAAGAAACUGGAGCACAUUUGAAUCGAUCCACACUAAGAAAAGGAAUAGGCUAACAACAGAAAGGAUGGAUAUGUUAACCAACAUUCAGUUUAACAACUGGAUGUUGUCCAAGAAGGAGAGAUGCAGCCGGAACAAGUCCUACGAGGUCCUCCUAGCUGCUGAUGCAUCUGAAGGUCAGGGAUUCCUUUUUGAGGGAGGAGAUGCACACGCACUGAUGGUGUUUCAUGAUCCAGAUGAGGGCUACGUCCCUGGUACAAACAUACCAUGGAGUGUGAUUGGAGAAGCUGUUGGAGCUGACAAACAACUUAAGCCUCGUAGAAGUGCAAGGGUGGUUAGAGAGAUAAAUGAAGAAGAGUGGGAAUCAACAGAUAAAGAUGGAGAGGAGGAAGACAUCGAUUUUGAUGACGAUGAAGCAGAAGAUGAUAUCAGGGAAGUGGCUGGCUUUUAG